UGGUGUUGUCGGCGGCGGUAAGAUGGCGGCGGUAGGAGAUGUAUCAGCUCCGGGACUGAAUGAGUUAAUACAGCAGUUUACAGCCAUAACUGGGGCCACCGAGAGUGUGGGCCAACACAUGUUGGAAGCAUGUAAUAACAACCUAGAGAUGGCAGUCACCAUGUUCCUGGAUGGAGGUGGCAUUGCAGAGGAGCCCAGUACCAGCUCUGCCGGGACUUCAACCAGCAGAGCACCCCCACAUGCAGAUGAUGAUGUGCGAGCGCCUAUUCCACAGAAGCAGGAUAUUUUGGUGGAACCGGAACCAUUGUUUGGUGCUCCCAAGCGGCGGAGGCCUGCGAGAUCCAUAUUUGAUGGCUUUCGGGAUUUCCAGACGGAAACAAUUCGUCAGGAGCAGGAACUUCGGAAUGGCAGUGCGGUUGAUAAGAAGCUCAGCACUCUGGCAGACCUCUUCAGACCACCCAUAGACCUCAUGCAUAAGGGCAGCUUUGAAACAGCAAAAGAGUGUGGUCAGAUGGAGAACAAGUGGCUGAUGAUAAACAUCCAGAACGUGCAGGAUUUUGCAUGCCAGUGCUUGAAUCGGGAUGUGUGGAGUAAUGAUGCUGUCAAAGCCAUCGUUCGGGAACACUUUAUCUUCUGGCAGGUAUACCACGACAGUGAAGAGGGACAGAGAUACAUACAGUUCUACAAACUGAAUGAAUUUCCUUAUAUCUCCAUUCUUGACCCAAGGACAGGCCAGAAGCUGGUGGAGCUGCACCAGCUGGAUGUGAAUUCCUUCUUGGAGCAGCUGACAGGCUUCCUGACUGAGCAUGGUCAGCUUGAUGGACUCUCCAGCAGCCCGCCCAAGAAGAGAAUGUGCUCAGAGAGCCUCAUAGACGCCAGUGAGGACAGUCAGCUGGAAGCUGCAAUCCGCGCUUCUCUGCAGGAAACGCAUUAUGAGUCCAACGAGCCGAAGAUUGACUAUCACUCGGAGGAGGAGUCAGAGGCAGAGCCGUUUUCAGACAGUGAGGGGUUAAUCUCCGUGGACGGCUCAGACGAUGAGGUGGUGGUGGAACAACCCCAACCCCAGCCUCAGCCUCCAUCCCAGCGGCAGGAUAGCCCCCCCAAAUCAAAGAAAUCCCCCCACAAGGAAUCCAGCCACAGGAAAGAGGAAAGUAAAAAGAACCAUUUGGAGUUUCCUGCAAGGACUGAGGCACCUAAAGACACUGGUGCAGGUAACAACCACCACGCAGAGCCAGUAGGGAACUCUGGGGUAUCAGAGACACAGGAGGAGGAGCCAUGCUCUCCGGAGCUGCUGGAUGAUAACGGACCAAAGGCAAGACUGAUGCUGCGAUACCCAGAUGGACAGAGGGAGCAGAUCUCUCUGCCAACACACAGCAAGCUCUUGGCUUUGGUGAAGCACGUACAGUCCAAGGGGUACCCUAACGAACGCUUUGAACUUGUAACCAACUUCCCCAGACGAAAGCUUUCUCACUUGGACUAUGACAUUACGUUACAAGAUGCUGGUCUUUGCCCUCAAGAGACUGUCUUUGUACAGGAAAGGAAUUAAUGAAUGCUGGGGGUAGCUUCCCCAAGGCACCACAAGCAGCCAGAUCUAGCAGAAAACAGGAGACUGUACUGCUCAGCCUGUACUCUGCACUUUCUUCCCUUAACCUCCAGUUUUCUGUCCUUAAAAACAAGAAGAAACCCAGAAUGCAGUGACUAGCUUCAGGGGAGCUCAAUAUUCAACUGGCAAUUACAUGAAUGACUAACCAGAUUUCUACAAUUUAUACAAAUUAUGAGUCCUUGGCGUGUCUACAGACCAGAGAGAAGAGUACUUGUUAGGUUUUGUUAAGCAGUCUGUGCUUUAUUACCAAUUAGAUAGAUUGUCUAGGUAUGGUGUUUGUUUUUUUUUUUUUUUGUUUUUUUUUUAAAGUAUAAACUGAUGGUAAAAUUUAUUAUAAUCUCAAAGUUACACAGGACAAAUCUGCUCCUUCAGAAGUGCUUAGCAGAUUCCCAAAAGUUGUCAGAGAAUGAAGGCAGUAGAUCAGUGGUUGUCUUGGUGGUAUUACUGUACAGUAUACAGUCAAUGGCACCACGUUUGUGAGGAGGUCUUUGGACGCUCUGCAGUCUGACAUAUGUAAAGGCCUCUCAUUUCUUGUCUCUUUGGAUCUUGAAUUCUGCUUUAUAACAUUGUCUGCUGGUGUAAGUAAGAUUUGUGCUUGUAAAUCAUGUUGGGUAAGGCCUAUGGAAAGUGCUUGCAGUUCAGACUUCAAGAAGUGCAAUGAAGCUAACACUAUCAAGCCAUGCAGGAUUACGUACAUAAAGCCUACGUGCUAAGGUGAACAAAAGGUAAUUUUUUUCUGUUUUUAAGAUGGUUUUGUUACAUUAUGGUUGAAGUUAUUGUUGCUGUUUUUUGUUUCUAUAACUUCUACUAUCUAGCAAUACCACCUUCAGUGUCUCUGCUAUGACUGCUGUCGCUACUGUUUAAGUGUACCAAUAGCAAAUGUGUCAUUUUGUUUCCGAUUCUCAUGGUUGACUCCCUGUUUUGAUUGGCUCAACAGAAUGGCUUGCAUUAGAAUGUUUCAAGUGACACACCAGAAAUAACUGCACUCUCUCUAAUAGCGAAUAUGCUAUAAUAAGGAUAACCAGGUUUUUUUGUUAAUGAAUACUGUUUUUUUUUUUGUUUGUUUGUUUUUUGAAGUCUCAACAAGUUUAACAUAAUCACCAAAGGGAAUUGUUAAAGAUCCUAGAUAUAUUUGUUUUAGUGUUCUUUGCACUCCAUAUAUGUAACAUUUGGUGGCCUUUUGCUACAGAAUGUCUCAACCUUCAUUUGGAAACUUGUUUUUUGUUUUUAUAAUGCACCCCUGCUUCUUUUCCCAUUAUCUACAGUUUGUAGGUAUGGGAAAAAUACCAGUCCUUCUAUACUUUUUAAUAAUUGGAGAUGUGUUACAUGUUUACUUUUACUAAUGGUCCAAAACAUUUUUUCUUUUUAAUUCAGCAAUAUCUAAUAGUAGGUCUUUUGCACUGAGAGACUUCUGACCUCUUCCUCCUCUGUUUGCCCUUUAUUUUCUCAGUUAAUUCUGGCUUUCUGUUCCAUUUUCUAAUUGGAAUUAGCAGCUGUGGCUUUAAUCAGCAAUAGUGAACCCACUGACUUUUUCUCAACAAGAACAAGCUUCAGAGCAAUAACUCUGCUAGUGUUUUUUUUAACUGAAGACAUAGUUUACAGAAGCUAAGUAUAUACAUUAACAUACUAA